AUGAGCCUAUGUUUCACCGAGAUCAAGCCAUCGCGGCCGCCAAGCAACGAAUUAACGAGUGCAACCGGCUCUCUCGUCUAUAUUCUCAACGUUAUUGACCCAGCGUACAGCGUCUUGUCGUUUGGAGAGUGUCUCAAAGACUAUCCUCAGAGGAUGGAACACAACAAGGUGCUCACUGCAGCUUCUAAAGUCCUUACUGCAAGUGUGUUUAGUUUUUACACUGGUUCAAUUUCGUCAAAACCCUUGGUCCCCUACGGGGAGGCCCUGCGCGUGCUUAUAAGUAGUGUCGGGGCAGUGCAUGGCAAAACCCAAAUCGUGGACACAAUGUGUGCCAUUGGAAUUCUUCUGGCAUCCCAUGUCUGUCAGCCCCCGACGAUAACGAGGGGACUGAAGCUAAAAUUUGUACAGAAUGUGCGCGGCAGCAAUCGGCGAGAAUUUGAAGUUCUUUUAAGAGGAUUAGUAUACUUUUUGGAUAUGCUGGGCGAUGAAGAGCUGGACAAUGCUUUCGACAACGAAGUAGUCUCGAACUUACGGCGUCUUGUGGUAAUAUACUUUCGAACCCAAGCCCUGGUAGUACCUGAAGUGCAGCCGCAGUCUAAUCAGAAGUAG